AUGCGGCGAGGUAUCACAGCUCCUCUUCAGAGGCACAAGGCGAGCGCGGGCUUUUUGCGACCCACUGAGAUGCAAACCUUUGUUCGAAGGAGAAGCGGGCAACAGAAAGCGGAGACAGAUUGGGUGCCGACCCUCCUCCCCUCAGAUGAAACACCUCCACCCCUCGCACGCCCAGCUGAGACAGCGGCAUUCUUUCUGGCAUUGUUCGACACUUUCGUCUUCAGCUACUGCAUGUUCGAUUUCCCGAACAUUCUGCACCGUGCCGGGGAGCUGAGCGAGCGUGAUCUGCUGGAUAGCCCAGGGUCAAUGCUGAUGUCGCCGAAGAGUUUGUUUCUGCAGUCGACAGCACGCUUGCGAUUUGGCGCUGAGAGACAGCAGCGCUUGGCUUUCGUGCUGCAGAGCCUCCUUCAUUGGCACGAUGAGUCGGAGCGGUCGCCGGUGCCGUGUGCUCGUGCGCUUGGCAUGCAGUGUCCGCUGCUCGUGCCCUUUCUACGGAGUGUGUGCCUCUGCGUGGAGACACAGCACCCGUUUGCCCCACAAGCGGCCUACGUCUUUGAGGAACUGCUCACCAGCGGCUUCGUCUCCUCGACGCUCUACCUCGACGGCGCCUACGUUGAUCGGAGCAGGACCCUUGCACAGCUCCUGCAGCUCGCCGGGAGGGAGUUUGGAAGUGAGAGCGUCCUCUUUACUGGAUUGCUUCUGGGCGAAGAACACGCCUCACCACUAGAGACUAUAGUCGUUGGUCGUCUCGUGGCCCACACACUUGCGGCAGCGGAUCGGCGGCGUCUCGACUGGGCGCUCAAGGCUCGCGGAGCGGUGCGGCAGAGGCUGAAGCCGCAGCAUGGGUGGACGCUUGGCCCCUCCCCUUCUCUCCUUUCCAAGGCAGAACAAUAG